AUGAGUGCACUCUCAAAGGGAAAGUCAUUGAAUAAACAAAACUACAACCAAUGGUUUCGUACGAUACCAAAAGUAAAAGUAAAGGAAACCUCGGUGAUACCAACAAAAGUAAGAAGUAUUAGUAGUAGUAGUAGUGGUAGUAGAAGUGGAAGUAGUAGUAGUGGUGGUAGUCAUCAUUCAUCCUCAUCUUCUUCUUCAUCUUCAUCAUCUUCUUUAAAGAAUAAUAAUAAUAAUAAUAAUAAUAAUAAUAAUAAUAAUAAUAAUAAUAAUAAAACAUCUACGACAUCUACAACAUCUACUACAUCAACAACAUCUACUACAUCGACCAAAUCAAGAUUAGAAGAUGCUACAAAAGAGUAUCAAAGAGAGACGUAUCGUGUCAACAAUUUGACCAAUGAAGAAAGAGAAAAAGAGUUGGAUAGGUUUCUAAGUCUUCCACCAAAGAAACCUCCUACCUCUAGACAAUCGUCAGAGCCACCAAGUUAUGAUAGUCUACAAAAACAUUUACAAUCUGUAGAUAUGGAUAGUUUAAUGGAUGAACUAGAUAAAAUGUACAAAGAAGCAUUAAACAAAAAGGUUGCCAAAUUCUAUACAGAUUUGACUAAAAAACAACAACAACAAUCACAAUCACAAUCACAAUCAUCUUUAUCUUCCUCUUCCUCUUCUCCUCCUCUUCAAAAUAAUAAUAAUAACAAAUCUUUACCAACAAUACAAAAAUCAACAACAGAUCAAUCAUCAAAAGUUCAAAAACCAGAAUUGGUUAAAGUAUCAAGUGAAUUUACAUUCUCUCGUAUAAAGGUAUUAUCAGAGGAUGAAUUACUAAAGAUUAAUAUUGAUGAAUUGGAAAAGAAGAAAUCGGUUGCCAUUCAACGUUUGACACAAGAAAUUAUGGAUGCCGAUAUGGUCAUUGAAAAAAGAAAGGGUUUGGAACUAAAGACUAAAAGAAAAUUGGAAAAGGAUCGAUUACCACAAGAAAAGGAAAAUGAAAAGGAAAAGGAAAAGGAAAAGGUAGUGUCACAAUCUCUACCGGAAAAGAAGGUAGUGCCACAAACACCUCUAGAUGAAAAGACUACAUCACUAGGACCAUCUCCAUUAUUAAUACCAAGACAAGUUUUGGUACAACAACAAAAGGAAAAGGAAAAAGAAAAAGAAAAAGAAAAGGAAGAUGUUAUUGAUAUGGAUGUUUCAGCAGAUGUAGAAGAAAAUCCAAAGAAAAGAAAAGCUGGAAAUGAAAAGAAAACGGCAAGAAAGAAAACAAUCAAAAAAUCAAUACCAAUCCCAGUCGAAGAUGAAAAACCUCUUUCUUUUUCAGCUCCAUCAUCAUCUUCUUCUCCUGCUUUGUCUUUUGAAGAUCAACCACCACCAAUUACCAGUACCACCACCAAUACCAAUAAUAAUCCAAUACCGAUUAAUAUUGAUGAAAAACCAAAUAUAGUGUAUAUUUCUCAAAAUGAUAGAGAAAUUUCACUAAAGAUGAUUGAAAAUCACUUUGUUCAAACUGUAGAAUCUACACGCGUAUCACCCGAAAGUAUCAAAGAAGCAUGUGCACAAUUGGAGAGAAAGGCAUUCCAAGAAUCAUCUUGUCAAAAAGAGUAUAUUGAGCAUUUAUCAACACUCUAUGAACAACUAAGGAAAUCUCUACUCCAAAGUUUGGGUCAAGAUCCUUCUCAAGUAUCAUCAACAGAAACAACAAAUCAACCAACAAAUCAACCAAAUGCAAUUGACCCUACUACCAAUACAAAUACAACAAAUGAUCAACCUAUUCCUCCUCCUCCUCCUCUUCCACCACAAGCACAACCACCACUUCCUCCUCCUCCUCCAUCUCUUUCAAAUGAACAAAAAGAUGGAAUUGAUAGUAUAUUAUCAAAUUUAAAACAUCAAACUGAAAAUAUGGUAAUGUUGGACAAUGAAACAAUCAAAUCAGUUCCAAUCAACAAGACGAUGAAGAAACCAACCAGUUUGGUGACACAAUUUACAUUUGUUGUAGAUUCUGUCAAAUCAAAGUCAUUGGUUACAGAGUUACGCAAAGAUUAUGACGAUUCUUCAUGGGUAGCGAUUCGAAGGGAACGAUUGAUUUCAAAUACACCGGCGACAGUAACCAACAAGAGAAUAUUCAAAAAAUACUAUGACAUGAUCAAGGACCCAAAAGAAUUGGAUUACUUUUUGUUCCUUUCACUUUCAUUUAUCACUGGUUGUUCAUUCGACAAUGUAUAUAAUGAAUUUUGGAUUCUCCACAACAAGAAACCAUUGCCAUUUUCUCUGGAAGAGCUCCAAGAAACUUUGGCAUUUACAGGUGACAUGAAGAAAUCCAAACUGCUUACCAUUCGAAAUCAUGUUUCAAAACUCAUUACAAACAAAUUAAAUGGUAUUACUUUUAAAAGAAGUGAUGAUAGUGAUAGUGACAGUGACAGUGACUCUGAUGAUGACGAUGAACAAAAUGAAAAUUCAAAAUCAAAAUCAAAAUCAAAAAAACCUGUUCUUUGGAGAGAUGAAGAUGUUGCAAGAGGAAAAUUAUCUUUUCCUCUUUGUGCUACAAAUUCUUUUGAUAUUAAUGGUUUAAUUUUAGAUGGAUUUACAUGGAUUGAUAAAAGUUUUCAUCAUGAAUCUGUAAAUACAAUGAUUAAUAAUAAUAUUACAGAUUUUUCUGCACCUUGUCAAUGUAUUGGAGAUUGUCAUAGCCCAGAGAAUAGACAAAAAUGUAAAUGUCUUAGUGACUCUCAAGCAGGUGCCUAUUACGAUGAACAUGGUCAGUUGAUGAUGGAUUAUUAUAUAAACAACAAAUCCAUUUAUGAAUGUACAGAUUUGUGUAAAUGCACUGGAUGUAAAAACAAGGUCGUUCAAGACAGCAAUCGUUAUGUUUUGGAACUAUUCAAAACAAAGAAAAAGGGUUGGGGUGUUCGUUCAACAUCUGACAUUCCUGCAAAUACCUUUGUUUGCGAAUAUGUUGGUGAAAUUGUCUCAAAUUCAGAAGCUGAAAUUCGUGGUCAAAAGUAUGACAAGAAAAAGGCUUCUUAUUUAUUUGAUCUUGAUGUUCCAACUAUGGAUGGUGAAGAAUAUUUUUGUAUUGAUGGAACUUGUUAUGGUAAUGAAUCUAGAUUUUUAAAUCAUUCUUGUAAUCCAAACCUUGAAAACUUUAUGGUUCAUGAUACAGCAGAUUAUAGAUUACCAAGGAUUGCAUUUUUUAGUAAAAGAUGCAUACCCAAAGGUGAAGAGUUGACAUUUAAUUAUGGCUAUGAGAUUCCUCAUGCUUCGGGAUCUAAAAGUGCUAAAAGAAGAGGUACCAGUGAUGUUGAUAUCCCUUGCCAUUGCAAAGCCCCGAAUUGUCGUCAAUGGUUAUGGCGUGUUGAAUAA